CAGGCGCACUCGUGGCUGCCGCGUCCGCCGCGUCCGGGCUUGACGUUUCCCACUGGAGGCUGGGACAGAAGGGCUUGCGAUGGCCCCGCUGCCGGGGGCAGAGCUGGUCCAGAGGCCGCUGCAGCUCUACCGAUACCUGCUGCGCUGCUGCCGGGAGCUGCCCACCAAGGGCAUCCAGGAGCACUACAAACACGCGGUCAGGCAGAGUUUCCGGGUGCAUUCGGAUGAAGACAAUCCUGAGAGAAUCCAGCAGAUUAUUAAAAGAGCCAUUGAAGAUGCCGACUGGGUCAUGAACAAAUAUAAACAACAAAACUGAGGCUCUGGGGCCUGAAGAGCAAAGCUGUCCUGAAGACAUUGACACUGAGAGACCUUCUUCUCCCGGGACGAAGCCGCGGCGGCAGUUUUGAACUCUCCACUGGCCUCGUUGUCUGAGCGCAGGAAAUGAGGGGUGGGAGAGGCUGACAUUUGCUCAGGUGGCUCUUCCUGCCACGCCUGUGUCCCCGGCAUCCUUUCUGCUUGCUUUUCCGGCCGGCUGCGGUGUGAGAUCUGGGGAGAAUGGGCUCGGUCCCUUUGCUCUGAGAGUGAUUCAUUCAUUUAUUCUGGAUGUUGUCCUUGGAGACUCAGAGGGGGCGUCCCCCCGCCCCCCGAUGGCAGACAUGCAGAGGACAGACAGAGCGUGGGUUUUACAGCCGUCGGGUCUGCGGCUGGUCAAGGGCGCUGCCCUUGAGCCCAGACUUCUCCUCUGUCGGGACGAAAUGCGAUGGGUCUAAAGCGCCGAACGCGGGCCCGCCGCGCCUUCCCCUGCCCCCGCCGUGCUCAUACGUCCCUCUGGCUCCCACGUCCUGCACGGGCCUUGGUCGUCUGCGGGCCUGGCCUGGCCUGCUUGUUGUCCCUGAACCCUCACGGCCCCGCCGUGCCUAGCAGUCCGCCAAGCCGCCGCUCCUCCUGGCCCUGUCCCCGCGUAAGUCCCCGUCCUUGCCCUGGCGUCCCUGGGGUGGUGAAGCGCAGGCCGCCCGGAGCCGGGAAGAACGGCACGCGCCGAAGCUGCAGGCUUCUGUGCAGCUGCCACCUGUCCCGAAGGCCCUGCCCUGCUUUGCCCCCACCUUGGAAGGAAGAAUGGAGGCUGGGAGGACGGCAGGGGGGUGGCGAGGGAGCAUUCCUGUGGGUGACGGUGAGCCUGAAAUCCGUGAAGAGACAGGCCGGGUCGCGUCCCCGUUCCACAGAAGUUGCUCUUGGGUAACACACCUGGCCCGGUGGGGCCUCGGUUUCCCCAUCUCCAGGGGAGGAACGCCCACACCCGCCUGCCAGGGCCGCCGCGCGGAGUGCUGAGCUCUGACGCGCGCCAAGUGCUUCACGCAGGAGCCGGCCCGGGGAGCUGGCUGCGUGGCCGUGGCUCGUUACCACGGUCACGGGGCCUUGCCUCGCAGGUGGGGAGGUGGGAGCAUGGGUUGAGCCCUCUUUCUUUUCUUUUUUUUUUUUUUUUACUGGUCUCUUUUUUUUUUUUUCAAAUAGUUUAUUGUCAAAUUAGCUUCCACGUAACACCCAGUGUUGAGCCCCCUUUCAAGGUCACCGAGCGACGAAGCCCAGUAUGUCUGAAUCUCCGAAACACCACAGGUUUGGGAGGGAAAGGGGGACAGCGGAGGGAGGGCAGGCAGGUGGGAAGGACAGAGAGGACAGGCCAGAGCAGGGAGGCCACGCUGGGACCUGAGUAUCCCCCAAGGACUCAGCAGAGGGACGAGCUAGCACGUUUGUGACCCUGCACCGCGUUACACGUCUUAAAGCGACAGAUAUGUGAGUAUGCGCUUGGCUGAGCAGCGAAUGGUGAAAUAAAUGUAUCAGUUUUUGAAA